AUGGAAAUAGGUUUCUUGUUAGAAGCUGUGGAUCUCAAAUCCAGCAACCGAACCCCAGUAGUACAGGAGUUUGAAAGUGUGGAGCUGUCUUGUAUCAUAACAGAUUCACAGACAAAUGAUCCCAGGAUUGAAUGGAAGAAAAUUCAAGAUGACAAAACAACAUAUGUGUAUUUUGACAACAAAAUUCAAGGUGAUUUGGUAGGUCGUGCAGAACUCCUGGGGAAAACAUCGCUGAAGAUCUGGAAUGUUACUCGGAGAGAUGCAGCCCUUUAUCGCUGUGAAGUGGUUGCUCGAAACGACCGCAAGGAAAUUGAUGAGAUUGUCAUUGACUUGACUGUGCAAGUGAAGCCAGUUACUCCUGUCUGCAGAGUGCCAAAGGCAGUGCCUGUGGGUAAAUCGGCUACCCUGCACUGCCAGGAGAGUGAGGGCUCCCCCAGGCCUCACUAUAGCUGGUAUCGGAAUGACGUGCCCCUGCCCACAGACUCCAGAGCCAACCCCAGAUUUCGAAAUUCCUCGUUUCUCUUAAACUUUGAAACAGGCACUCUGGUUUUCAAUGCUGUUCACAAGGAUGAUUCCGGGCAGUAUUACUGUAUUGCUUCCAAUGAUGCAGGCUCAGCCAGAUGUGAAGAGCAAGAAAUGGAAGUUUAUGAUCUGAACAUCGGUGGAAUUAUUGGGGGUGUCUUGGUUGUCCUUGCAGUCCUGGCCCUGAUAACAGUGGGUAUCUGCUGUGCAUACAGACGUGGUUACUUCAUCAACAACAAACUGGAUGGAGAAAGCUACAAGAACCACGGGAAGCCUGAUGUUAACAUCAUCAGGACAGAUGAGGGUGACUUCCGACACAAGUCUUCAUUUGUGAUCUAA